UGUUUUGCAUUUGCACAAUGGUUACAGGGUUUCUCUGGUUUUCCCCAACGGAUUUUCUACUGAGCAUCAUCAUGAACAAUGUUUCUGCUGUUUUCACUUCUGCGGUGUUGAGCUUCUUCGUCUUCACAGCUUUCCUCCUGAUAGUUCAAUGGCAGAAACAAUCUUAACAUCUCCAGGAAAUUUUCAACCGACAAAUAGCUGCUUAUCAGCAUGCUGUUUUCUACUCAAAUGCAUCCACAGAGGACAGGUAUUACCUACUCAGUUUGAAUCAUUACUUCAUCAACACCACUGCAAUAGAAUUAUUUUGAGGUUUGGACUGCGGCAAUGGCCUAUCAUAGUUACGGAUCAUAGAUUCGCACAAGGAUGGGAUGUUUUUUGUGAACACAACAUUGUUAAAAGGCAUGACACGCUAUUACUUCAACAUAGCGGGAAUCUAAUAUUUGAUGUCAUUCACUUUUGUGAAUUGCAAAAACAAGUUCUUUUGCCUUGGACCGUUCCCCUACCAGACCUGUUGCACAUGAAUGCCAUUGCAUCAAGAGAUGAUAUCCACAUGGCCGCUGGACAGCAGCAAGUUGUUUCCUCGCUGAGGCCAAAUUUCUGUCAAGAUCUAUCUGAUUCGGUGUGCUUUUAUCAAAUCUUUAACUCGGCAACUCCAAACAGUUUGAAAAUUCCGCGUUAUAUUGAUCACUUCAUCAAUGGUAUCAAGACUCCCAUGUUACUUAUCAACACUGGACACAGAAGUGCUCAAAUUGGUGUAAAGCAUAAACGCCUUCACCAAAACUGGAGAGAUUUCGUUCUUCAACAUCAAUUGCAGCACAACGAAACUCUUGUCUUUGUUCUGGAAUCUGAAAAUAUAUUUACAGUUUUGAUCUUCGAUGAUACCGGAGUUGAAAAAAAUUUUCCUUGGUAUCACACAUUCAAUGUUUAUUCGGAUGCUUAAUGAGUUUAACUGAA